AUGGCCGGUGCCAAGCUCACAGAGUCGCCCUCGGAAAUCGACACAGACGUCCGGACAGACACCCAGAAAGCGUUGGAUCAAACAUGGAUCCAUCCCGCGAUGCCUCUUCGAACCAUGGGCUCGCUGGGGAGCGAUGCUGGCCAAAGGGUACAAGUGGAGUUUUAUGUAAAUGAAAACACCUUCAAGGAACGACUGAAGCUAUUUUUCAUCAAAAACCAAAGGUCAAGCCUCAGAAUUCGCCUCCUGAACCUGUCCUUGAAGCUGCUGACAUGCCUUCUCUACAUAGUCAGAGUGUCUCUGGACGACCCCACCAUCAUGCACGCAAGAAACGGCACAUACGUGGUCAACACAACCACUAAUCCUUCAUCAACAGAUAUCAACUGGGAAUUGAUCAUCUGGGUACACAGAAAAACACCUGUGUGGGCGAUCCAGGUGUCAGUGGCCUUAAUUAGUUUUCUAGAGGCGAUGCUCCUCACAUAUCUGAGCUACAAGGGAAACAUCUGGGAGCAGAUCUUCCAGAUUUCCUUCAUCCUGGAGAUGAUCAACACAGUGCCAUUUAUAAUCACUAUCUUUUGGCCGCCGUUGAAACACAUAUUUGUCCCCGUGUUCCUCAACUGCUGGCUGGCCAAGUCUGCUUUGGAGAACAUGAUCAACGAUCUCCACCGUGCCAUACAGAGGACCCACUCGGCCAUGUUCAACCAAGUCCUCAUCCUCAUCUGCACACUGCUGUGUCUGGUCUUCACCGGUGCCUGUGGCAUCCAGCACCUGGAGAGAGCGGGGAAGAACCUGUCCCUGUUCGACUCGGUCUACUUCUGCAUCGUCACCUUCUCCACGGUGGGCUUCGGAGACGUCACCCCGCGCAUCUGGCCCUCGCAGCUGCUGGUGGUCAUCAUGAUCUGUGUGGCGCUGGUGGUGCUGCCCUUGCAGUUUGAAGAGCUAGCAUACCUGUGGAUGGAGCGUCAGAAGUCUGGCGGGAACUACAGCAGGCACCGGGCGCAGACGGAGAAGCAUGUGGUGCUGUGUGUCAGCUCCCUCAAGAUAGACCUGCUCAUGGACUUCCUCAACGAGUUCUACGCACAUCCCAGAUUACAGGAUUACUAUGUGGUGAUCCUGUGCCCUACGGAGAUGGACAUCCAGGUGCGCCGGGUGCUGCAGAUCCCUCUCUGGUCCCAGAGGGUCAUCUACCUGCAGGGCUCCGCGCUCAAGGACCAGGACCUCAUGAGAGCCAAGAUGGAUGAUGCAGAGUCCUGUUUCAUUCUAAGCAGCAGGAAUGAAGAGGAUCGCACAUCAGCAGACCACCAGACUAUCCUGAGGGCUUGGGCUGUGAAGGAUUUCGCUCCCAACUGUCCACUGUUCGUCCAGAUCCUCAAACCAGAAAACAAGUUCCAUGUCAAAUUUGCUGAUCACGUGGUGUGUGAGGAGGAGUUUAGGUACGCCAUGCUGGCCCUCAACUGUGUGUGUCCAGCCACGUCCACCCUGGUGACUCUCCUGGUUCACACGUCACGUGGACAGGAGGGUAUGCUCUCUCCAGAGGCCUGGCAGCGGACCUACGGCCGUUGCUCGGGUAACGAGGUCUACCAUAUCCGCCUGUGCGAUAGCAAGUUCUUCGGGGAGUACGACGGCAAGAGUUUCACCUACGCCUCCUUUCAUGCCCACAAGAAGUAUGGUGUGUGCCUGAUUGGCGUGAAGCGAGAGGAGAAUAAGAGCAUCCUGUUGAACCCGGGCCCACGACACAUCAUGGCAGCCACAGACACCUGUUACUACAUCAACAUCACCAAGGAGGAGAACUCUGCGUUCAUCUUUAAGGAGGAGGAGAAGAACAACAGGGGCCUGGCCACCGGGAGCCUGUACGACGCCCCGUCACGCCUGCCUGUACAGAGCAUCAUCGCCAGCAUGGGCACGGUCGCCAUAGACCUGCAGAACCCCGUGGCCCCAGAGGACCCCAACAAGCUGGGGGUGCCGACGGAGAACGGGGCGGGCAGCAGGCGGCCCAGCAUCGCGCCCGUGCUGGAGCUGGCCGACUCCAGUGCCAUCCUGCCCUGCGAACUCCUCAACGACCCCCUGGAGGACGAGACGCCACAGUCGGACUCAGAGGAGGGCACACCUGCCGGGCCAGAGUACGUAAAGGGGUACCCGCCCAAUUCGCCGUAUAUUGGGAGCUCACCAACCCUCUGCCAUCUCCUCCACCAGAAGGCCCCAUUCUGUUGUCUGCGACUGGACAAGGGCUGCAAACAUAACAGCUUUGAGGACGCCAAAGCGUACGGCUUCAAGAAUAAGCUCAUCAUCGUGUCCGCCGAGACGGCGGGAAACGGCUUGUACAACUUCAUCGUGCCGCUGAGGGCUUACUACCGGCCCAAGAAGGAGCUCAACCCCAUUGUGCUGCUCCUGGAUAAUCCGCCUGAUAAUCACUUCCUGGAAGCCAUAUGCUGUUUCCCCAUGGUCUACUUCAUGGCCGGCAAUAUUGACAACCUGGAUAACCUGCUGCAGUGUGGGAUCAUCUACGCGGAUAACCUGGUGGUGGUGGACAAGGAGAGCACCAUGAGUGCAGAGGAGGACUACAUGGCAGACGCCAAGACCAUCGUCAACGUACAGACCAUGUUCAGGUUGUUCCCCAGUCUCAGUAUCAUCACUGAGCUGACCCACCCCUCCAACAUGCGCUUCAUGCAGUUCAGGGCCAAAGACUGUUACUCGCUCGCCCUCUCCAAGCUCGAGAAGAUAGAGCGUGAUAAAGGCUCCAACCUGGCCUUCAUGUUCCGCCUGCCCUUUGCAGCAGGAAGAGUCUUCAGUAUCAGCAUGCUGGAUACACUCCUAUACCAGUCGUUCGUGAAAGACUACAUGAUCACCAUCGCCCGGCUGCUCCUGGGGCUGGACACUACGCCGGGCUCAGGAUACCUCUGUGUGAUGAAGGUGACAGAGGAAGACCUUUGGAUCCGGACGUACGGCAGAUUGUUCCAGAAGCUUUGCUCAUCGAGCGCCGAGAUCCCCAUUGGGAUUUACCGCACCGAGUGUCACAUGUUCACCUCCUCCGAGUCCCAGGUGUCGAUGACACUGGAGGAGGGCGAGGACCCCCGCGACCGGCGCGAGUCGUGGAAGGACAAGCCGUCGCACCGCUACUCCACGGGCAGUGACCAGUCGGAGCACCCGCUGCUGCGCAAGAAGAGCAUGCAGUGGGCGCGCAGGCUGAGCCGCAAGAGCUCCAAGCCGGCCAGCCGCGCCGAGCGCAUCAGCCAGCAGCGCCUCAACCUGUACCGGCGCUCCGAGAGGCAGGAGCUGUCCGAGCUCGUCAAGAACCGCAUGAAGCACCUCGGACUGCCCACCGUCGGAUACGAGGACGUAGCUAAUUUAACUGCAAGCGAUGUGAUGAAUCGUGUAAAUCUAGGAUACUUGCAAGACGAGAUGAACGAUCAGCAGAACACUCUCUCCUACGUGCUGAUCAACCCUCCACCAGACACCAUACUGGAGCUGAAUGACAUUGUUUACAUCAUACGCUCUGACCCGUUGGCACACAUGCCUGAUGAGCAGCAGAUGCCAGGCGGGCAGCCGGGCGCCAAGAAGAGGCAGGAGUUCAGCCCCGACACGCGAGACGAGACCGACCUGUGAGAGAGAGAGAGACGCCAUCGCUGGCCGCCUUCGCUGCUGAUGCUGAUGGUGUUUGUGGUGAUGGUGAUGGUGACGUUGGCGUUGUUGAUGAUGGUGAUGGUGAUGGUGGUGGUCACAGUCCUGCCUCUUGUCCUGUCCCUCCACACCCCACUUAGGUCUGUGUCUCCACAGUCCGCCACCACAGAGCCUUGUCCAACCCCCAUUCAGCCGCUCUCUCCGCAGUCAGUCAUGCACGCCAUACCUCCAUUCUUGAUCACCUUCAGUGAGUUACUUCACAGCGAGCGAACACAGUCUGCUACUCCGCCUCCUCACUACUGCCCUCCCAUUCAACUGGCCAUGAGAGGUAAACAUUCAUAAUCCACAACACGAGAUCCACCUGCUCCCCCUAGUGGCUGAAUCAGAGACUACAUGUGCACUGCUAAUGGAGAAUACAGUAAGAGGAGAGGACAGGUGUUCCUUCAGUGUUGGUCAGAAACCCCAUACAAAUCCUCACAUUACUGUGGGUACACACUGAAAGCAAGUAGACAGGAAGUCAUUAUUUAUCUCAACAGAACAAAGUGAAAUCCAAAUUAAGCAAGUGUGUUAAGUACAGCAAGUGUGUACAUACAGUCAUCCAUUUCCCUCAGAAAAUACAAAACCACAUAGGCAUCAAACCAUAUUCCCUUCGCAACCACAGUUACACAACAGAGAUCACAUUCUAUAGUAUUCAUACUCAACUACACACUUCUGUCACCGCACGCACGCACGCACGCACGCACGCACACACACAUAGGCCCUAACAGACCUCUGGCAGUUACUGUUCAAAAUGAUGAAAAAAAAACACUUUCUACUAGCUUCAUAAACCCCUUUAAGGAAUCCUUUACAGGAUCGAAUUUACAUGAGAAGGGCUCUAGAGAGACUGCAGUAAAAGAAGCCAGUGGAUUGGAAGAAAGUGAAGGCCUCACUAUUGUGAUUUCAGACACUUAAUGGAAAAGUGAGGAUCCAAUUACAGAAAUGUAGAAAAUUGCAGACAAUGAAGGAAAUCCAAUUAAAUGAAAUCCAAGGAAAUGAAAAUUAGCUUCUCUCUAUACAAUUUCACAGAUUUCCGUACCGUCCAUUUUGUAAAGCACAAAUCUUGAAAAAAGAUGUCCUUCCUGUACUUUGCUAACUCUGAAAUCAUGUAGAAAAAAAACACCUGUAGUACAGUUUAAAUGUCCAAAAUUUCGUACCAUUUAUAAAUUAAAUUUGUUAUUUAUUGCCACUGGCUGUUAUGAAGAGAGACUCCUGAAAGUAAGCAAACUGAUCUCUUUGCUCAUUGCUGGUCAUAACCUAAAGAGCUGCUACAUUGACUAUCCAGCCAGCUAUUCUUAUGCAUGUCGGUCAGAUACAUUUAUUUAGUCUACAAAAUAGUCGUUAUUCUGGGGGGAAAAAGUCUACACUUUUUCGUGUUGAUGCCCAACCCUAUCGAAGAGAAAAAGAUGCUGAUAGAUUCCCAGCAGCAGAAGAAAAACCCUGCCAGUGGUAACACGGUCACCACCAACGUGGCAAAGCUGAAAGCUGCAGAAAAAAACCCUGGCAGUUGUACUGUAUUUUAACACAGUCUCCGAUAUGGCAGCCGGCAUUGGUUUAGCUGUUCAGAAGAACCCUGGCAGUUGCAACACGGUCCCCAGUCUCCAGUCUCCAAUAUGGCAGCACUGGCUGGGUGGUGUAGAAGUCCUCUCAGACCAUGCAUGCCCAGUGAUCCACACAGCCUGUGCACGGCCCGCGCCUCAUUACCCGCUCCCCACAGAGACACACUGGGCUGCCCAUUGGCUACGAAGUGGGCCCCAGUGGAGAGAUGGAGGGAGGGGUGAGGCGGGGGUGGAGAUGCGGAGAGAGAGAUGGAGAGGCAGAGAGAACGAGAGAUGAGAGGUGGAGAGAGAUAAAUAGAUGGAAAGAGCAGCAGAUAGAUUAAUAGAGAGAGUGAGGGGGAAAGAGGUAGAUGAAGAAAGAUGGAGAGAGAGAAAUGGAGAGCUAAUGAGAGAAAGAGGGAUAGAAAGACAGAUGGAAAGACAGACAGAGACAGACUGAAACCGAGAGUGAUGGCUAGAGAAUCACCUCCUCAAUUCCUA